AUGGCUACGAACAACGACGACCGCACACUAGUUCGAAUUUCUACAUGGACGCCAGGUGCUUCACCACCUCGUUUCACGUUUCAAUCGCCUCGAAACUUCCAUGAUACCGACAAUACUCGAGCAGUCCCAUUUGUGUUUCCGUCACCUUCGCCACUGACCCGUCUGUCUCCUCAUAUAACCGCGCAAGUAACUAAGCCCGCGGUAGAGCUUCCCCCAGAAAUGUGGCGCGCAGUCCUCUCGCAUCUGCCACCAGAUGAAGUCAUGCGUGUCCGGCGCGUCAAUCAUCUAUUCUACGCGGUGGCGCUCGACCACCGCUUUCGUACUCUUAGUAUUCUAGACGAGACCUUCGACGACGAUGAGGUCAGCAAGGUUGAAAAUAAUGUCAAAACUUUCAUGCGAAGGCUUGGAGACGCUGCGAGGUUUCCGCAGUUCGCGAGGCGCAUCCAGAAGAUCUCAAUCUGCAUGCAGCAUCUCAAGGCCUUGCAGACACACUACACAUUCAUCAUGGCAAACGAAACCAAAACGAACGACGCAGACCCUGGUGCAUUCGGCUCCGAAUGCGACUUCGGGGAGGAUUUCAUGGAUUGCAUUUGCAAUGUCUUCGCCCACGCGAUUACACUCAACGAAAUCAGACUAAUAUUCCUUAACACCCCAGCGGACGACGAGGAAUUCGAGCUUGAGUCUCUCCAAGACUUAUGGUAUCGCGUGCCCAACCCACACAGCCUCACAUCUUUGACACUCCAACUGGACGUCACGAAACUUGGGCUGCUGCUGGAUCUCGCACCGUACAUCCGCGCGCCCUGCUUGAAGGAACUUUAUAUCGGUAUUGAGCGCUACCGGCGCCGUGUCCAGCGCGACAGAGUCGCUUUCACAAGGAUACACGCGUUGUUCAGAGAGGUUGGGCCAACACUAGAGAAGCUGUCGGUCUGUUCAACGAUCAAGCACCUCACAUCUGCGGCUCUCGACAAUGACAGUGACUCCUUGCAUCUCCCAAAUCUGCGUGAGCUGCACCUGGUACUGCAUGCUAGGGUGGACAGUGAUGCAUUCUGGUCCGGGACAUUCGACGCCCCUCGCUUGGAACAGCUGUACCUCAAAAACUGCUUCCAACGCUCGUCUACGCCGGACGAUGUUGUACGCCUGUGUGACUUCUUCCAAAGCCCAAGGCUCGAGCUCCUCGAGAUCGAGGUCAGGGAGAUCGAUGUGUUUUUGCUGCGGCGGCUGAAGGCCGCCUUCCCGAAUGUGCGCCGUCUGGGGAUUGUGGCGCGCCCGUUGAGAGGGGAGGGCUCGGAGAAGGAGCAGGCCUAUGAUUUCUGCAAGGCACUGAAUUUGUUCGGAGACCAGAUCGAGCUACGAAAGAAGAUGGUAACAAUGAGAAGGGUAAAGCAGUAG